CGAUUGACAGUGAGUAGAUGUAUGCCUAGUCAUUUUUCUGAAUUGGUAAGUUAUUCAUGUGAAAUGUCCCAAUUUUUGUCCUGUAUUUGAUAUAAGUACUAAAUAGGUACAUUUUAUAAAUUUAUUCUCCGUCCUCUGCCUCAUUCCGGUUUGGGUCUAAAUCAGAUAGCACGCAAUAAUGCAGCUACACGAAUUUGGAGCCGUGGACUAUAUCGUUUUUAUUCUCACCAUUGUUGUCUCCCUUGGAAUCGGAAUCUAUUAUGCUCUGUCAGGCGGCCGCCAAAGAACCACUUCGGAAUACCUCGUGGGUAACCGUAAGAUGGCUGUUCUACCAGUAGCCAUAUCCUUACUGGUAUCCUUCGAGUCCAGCAUUAUGAUGUUAGGAACACCUGCAGAAAUAUACAGAUAUGGCAUUCAGUGGAUAUGGGCAAAUCUAGGUUUUUUCUGUGCCAACCUAUUAGCGAUUAAAGUAAUGGUUCCGCUGAUUCACCCAUUAAAGAUCACAAGCGCUAAUGAGUACCUAGAGCUUCGGUUCAAAUCCCACGCUGUCCGCCUGCUAGCCACGUCUCUGGGAAUUUUGAAUUACGUCAUGUAUAUGGGUAUUGUUCUGUUUGGCCCUGCGUUGGCCCUGGAAGCAGUGACGGGGUUUCCGAUGCCAUAUUCAAUUCUGAUUGUCGCACUGGCUGCUGUCAUAUAUACCUCUAUAGGAGGGAUCAAAGCUGUGAUAUGGACGGAUGUUUUCCAGUUUAUGGUAAUGUUUUCCGGAAUAUUCGCUGUGAUGAUAAAAGGAACGAUAGACAUAGGGGGUAUUGGUAAGACCUGGAAAAUAGCUAAUGAGAAUGGAAGAUUAAACUGGUUCAAUUUUGAUUUGGACCCUAGAGCUCGUCACACCUUUUGGAACCUCUUCAUUGGCAGUGUGGUCAGAGGACUUUUUCUUAUCUUCAAUCAAUCAUCUGUUCAAAGGAUUUCCUCUACACCUACUUUAUCUGAUGCUAAAAAAGUAAUGUAUUACACCGCCCCUGGUUUCCUCGUAACCAUAUUUCUAGCAGUCAUAGAGGGGAUUAUAGCAUAUUCCUACUACCAUACUAUUAGAUGCGAUCCAUUAGCGUCAAAGACCAUCAAAAAUUCUAAUCAGAUUGUUCCGGCUAUGGUUAUGAGCAUUUUUGGCGACAUCCCCGGUAUGCCCGGCCUCUUCAUAGCUUCUCUGUUUAGUGCAUCUUUAAGUACCUUAUCGUCGGGACUAAGUAGCUUAUCUGCGCUGGUGUGGCAGGACUUUGUUAGACCCCAUACCAAACCGAUGUCAGAAUUCAAAGCCACUGUGAUCGCUAAACUAUCAGUUGUCGUAUUUGGAUGCAUGGCCGUUGCAGUUGCCUUUCUUGUUUCGACCAUCGGUGGAACCCUUGUACAGAUUACGGGAACUAUUCUUUCUACAAUAGGAGGACCAUUAACAGGGGUAUAUCUCAUUGGCUGUUUCUGUCCGUGGGUUAACGCCAAGGGAGCUAUUUUCAGCUGCAUAAGUGGAGUAGCAAUAGUUGGAUGGAUUGCUACGGGAAUGUCCGUAUCCACGGGAAUCAAAAGAACGCCUCCUCUUCCGCCGGCCCCCACAGACAAAUGCUUUGAUCCCUCCUUUGUUGCCAAUGCUAGUGACUGGAUGAUGAAUUCAACAUUAGAAACCAUGUAUUCCACCAUUAUGACAACGGAAGCGUCUGUCCUUGUUGAACCAGUGGAACCGAAAGGCCUUGAUCAGCUGUAUUCAAUCUCCUACACCCUCCUAAGUAUCAUCGGAUUGAUCAACAGUGUCAUUUCGGGAACUAUUUUCAGUUUCCUAACUGGUUACACAAAGCCUGAGGAAUCAGACCCAAGAUAUUUGAUAUCCCUUACAGACGAGUUAUUAUUCUUUCUUCCGGAGUGGAUCAGAAAACCACUGCGAUUUGGAUAUAAUUAUGAUAGAGCAAAGGCUUACAAAGAAAAAGAAUUCACUGAAAUAGACCUCGUAAGUGAUAAGAUACACAACUUUGCCAAUGUGACUAUCACAAUAAGUUCUGAGAAGAGAGAAAAGGACAAGAUUAACGGUGUUGGCGAACUCUUAAUAGAGGAUCCACAAUUGGAGAGGGUGGCCGCAGACGAAGAUGGUACUGUAACGGGCGUCACACUGUUAGUCAGAGAGAAGGAAGACGCAUCAAAUGAUAACAGCGGAGAGGAAGAAGCCAGCGCUCUUCUAACCAAGCAAGAACAAAUGUAACAAUAUUAAUAAUGAUGAAGUGAGUUAAAUUUCAAAAGAAUGUGUUAUGUCGAGUGUAGAGAAGGUUUAAAUCAAUUAGCGAUGUAUUUUGAAAUAUCAUAGUAUGUAUGUUUGAAUUUUAAUAAAAAUGAAAUCCUU